CGCUGAACCCUAAACCCUAAUUCGCCCGAUGGGGUCGGCGGCGAUCUGUUUUCGCCCGAUUGGAAACCUGGCCUGAUUCGCUGAACCCUAAACCCUAAUUCGCCCCUCAAUCCAGCCUCUCGUGCUCGACGACGAAGUUCUCGUAUUCGACGACGACUACGAAGCAGUUUGCGCUCGUCAAUCUUCUUCGCGAUCGUCCUCUUCUCUUUCGCGCCCAACGAGUCCUCGGCGUCUUCCUGCUGCGGUUUCGUGUCUGUCGAGCUGCGGUUCGUAGGAUUGCUGCGGUUUCGUCUUCCUGCUGCGGUGUCGCCUCAGCUGCGGUCUGUCUGUCGAUUGCCAAUGUCGCAUCCAGGUUCGCAUUCUCCGGCAAUGGAAACUUUCUCAUAAAUUCCUCCCUCCAGCGUUCCAUUCUCUACUACAGAUAAAAAAAUAGUCUCGCACACGCUUUCGCCGGCACAAUGGUGAAAGCUUACCUCCGAUACGAGCCCCGUCUGGUCUUUGGUGUCAUCGUCUCCGUAGACUCCAACAUUUCCUACGAUAGUUCUGGCAAGCACCUUCUCGCUGGCGCCCUCGAUUCGGUCGCCGUUUGGGACCUUAAGAAGGGCCUCUGCUCUGCGUCCCUUUCUCCCUCCUCGGGCUCCUCACACUCCCUUGCCGUCACCUCCAUCGCCUCCUCCUCUUCCACCUCUUCUUCCUCUUCCGUCGCCAGUGGCCACGCCAAUGGUACCAUACGUUUAUGGGACCUCAGCAGAGGUACUUGUGAGGCAGCAAUGAACGGGCACGAAUCUGCUGUCACUGCUCUGCGCUAUAGUAACCUCGGCUCGCUCCUGGCCUCCGGAAGUAAGGACUGCGACAUAAUGCUCUGGGAUGUCGUCGCGGAGAACGGGAUGUUUCGCCUCAAGGGUCACCGAGAUCAGGUAACAGAUCUUGCGUUCCUUGACUCCGAUAAAAAGUUAGUGAGCUGCUCGAAAGACAAGUUUGUUAGGGUAUGGGAUCUCGAGAUGCAGCAUUGCGUUCAAAUUGUGAGCGGGCACCAAAGUGAGGUCUGGUCAUUGGAUGUUGAUCCAAAUGAGAGGUUUUUGGUAACUGGGUCGGCUGACCUUGAACUUCGCUUUUUCCUGAUAAGGAAGGAUAUGGACAAUUCUAUCAAAUGGGACGUUUUGAAGCAUUAUGGGGAAAUCAAGCGUCAGAGCAAGGAUAGAAUUGCCACUGUAAGGUUUAGCAAGUCCGGUAGCCUUCUUGCUUGCCAAGAAGCAGGGAUGACUGUUGAGAUAUAUCGUGUUUUGGAUGAAUCCAAUGCUAAAAGCAAGGCUAAAAGACGUGUAAGAAGGAAGAAAGAAAAACUCUUGGCUAAGGCAUUGGUAGAGGGAAAUGAAAAUGGGGAUUUGGAUUCUUUACAGAAUGUUUCAGGUGUGACAGCUUUAUCGCCAGAUGUUUUAGUUUCAGAUGUGUUUAAACGCUUACAUGUCCUACGUGCAAGCAGGAAAAUUUGUUCCAUUGCUUUCUGUCCUACGGUUAGCACUAAAGGCGUUGUUGGCACUUUGUCCUUGUCAUUAAACAAUAAUAUGUUGGAGACCUACUCCAUUGAGGAGGGAAAAGUUGAAAAGAAACAUACAGUGGAGCUUCUUGGUCAUCGGUCUGAUAUAAGAAGUGUCACGUUGAGCUCAGACAACACUCUUUUGCUGUCAACCAGUCAUAAUGCAGUGAAGGUGUGGAAUCCUAGUACUGGUGCUUGCAUUCGAACCAUUGAGUCUGGUUAUGGUUUGUGCUGUGCCUUUGCUCCUGCUGACCGUCAUGCACUUGUUGGAACAAAGCGUGGAACCUUGGAGAUCAUUGAUGUUGGAAGUGGUACCCGUGCUGAUGUUAUUGAAGCUCACUCUGCUGCUAUCCGGUCCAUUGUGCCAAUACCAGACGACAAUGGUUCUGUUGGGAGUGGCUUUGUCACUGGAAGUGCUGAUAAAGAUGUCAAGUUUUGGGAAUACCAGUUAAAGAGGAAACCUGAGACAGAUUCUAAGCAGUUGACUGUGAAGAAUGUAAAAACUUUGAACAUGAACGACGAUGUUCUUGUGGUCUCAAUUAGUCAAGAAGGGAAGUACCUUGCUGUUGCUUUGUUAGAUUGCACUGUCCAGGUUUAUUUGUUGAAUACUUUGAAGAAAUUUCUUACACUAUAUGGUCACAAGUUGCCGGUGCUCUGCAUGGACAUUUCAUCAGAUGGAGAUCUAAUUGUUACCGGUUCUGCAGACAAAAAUUUGAAGAUUUGGGGUUUAGACUUUGGUGACUGCCACAAAUCCUUAUUUGCCCAUGCUGACAGCGUUAUGGAUGUGAAGUUUGUACAUAAUACACAUUACAUGUUUAGCGUGGGGAAAGAUCGACUUGUUAAGUAUUGGGAUGCUGAUAAGUUUGAGCUGCUUUUAACUCUGGAGGGGCAUCAUGCUGAAAUUUGGUGCCUCACAAUUAGUACACAUGGCGGUUUCUUCAUCACCGGAUCCCAUGAUCGUUCCAUCCGUCGAUGGGAUCGGACUGAAGAACCUUUUUUUCCUGAGGAGGAAAGAGAGAAAAGGCUACAAGAGAUGUUUGAAUCCGAUUUGGAAACAACUGAAAGUAAAUAUGCACUAAGAGAAGAAUUUUCGGAGGACGGAUCAGUUGGUGUGCCGGGAAAGAAAACUCAGGAAACAAUCACUGCAGCCGACAUGAUUAUUGAUGCUUUAGAUACAGCUCAGGACGAAUUAAAACGCUAUGAUCAGUUCAAUGUGGACCGACAAAAUGGAAAAUCUGGUCAAUUCCAGCCUAAUGUUAUAAUGAGUGGACUCUCUCCUUCUGACUAUGUUCUACAUUCAAUUUCCAAUGUUCAUACCAGUGACCUAGAGCAGACUCUACUGUCUCUUCCUUACUCUGAUGCCCUUGUGCUUAUGUCUUACUUGAAGAAUUGGGUUCAAAACUCUGAUAAGGUUGCGCUUGUUUGUAGAAUUACAACGGUACUUCUCCAGACACAUCAUAAUCAAUUGACUACUACUCCUGCUGCCAGGUCUAUGUUGGCCGUACUCAAGGAUAUUCUUCAUUCAAGAGUUAAGGAAUUUAAGGAUACCAUUGGGUUCAAUAUUGCUGCGAUGGAGCAUCUUAAGGAAUUGAUGUCCAUGCGAUCAGACGCUCCAUUCCGAAAUGCAAAGGCAAAGCUCAUGGAUAUCCGCCAGGAGCUCUCAAAGCAUUCAGGUAAGUUCGUCCAUGGGAAGAGGAAAAAGAAAAAACAAAAAAUUUUGAAUACGGAUAGUAUUCAUUCCUGAUUAUUAUAACUUUAAAAAGUUGAUUUGUAUAAUUAUCACAUUGUAUUUAUAAUGCCUAUUUGCCCCCGUAUGGGUACAAAUUUUGACAAAUAUUAUAUCAAAUAGAAAAUUUUGUUCCAAAAAUAUAAGGAAAAUUAGUUCCAAUUUGUGUUGUGUAAUCCUGAACGCCAAUGGAGAUGAAUUCUAGCCAAAAGAACUUUAAUUUAGAACACAUGAGCUAGCAAGCUAUAAAAAAAUAUCAAAAUGUGCUGGAGCUGGGGAUUUCUGGUGAAGCUCCAGACCACACACACCACAAUGGAUGUCAAAGCGUCAGAAUUUAACCAGGUUUUCAUAUGGGGGUUACCUAAGAUUUACUGCCAUACCUGACAUGCAAAAAAACAAAAAAAAGGAAUAAAUAAAUAAAUAAAUAAGAUGCAAGAAUCAAGGGAA